AAUCAGUUUUUUGAAAAUAAUCAAAGUUUUACCAGCAAUCUUGGAUUACUUUUUUGAUUUUUGUUUUUUGGGGGGGUUGGGGAUAAGGAAAGGGGUGGCGCUUAUCAAAAGGUACUCGUUGGUUAUGACUGAAUUUGACUGAGCGAACGGAUUCCCUUCCUCCUGUGACGGGUCUGAGGUUUUCUGCCCCCCUCCCAGACGUGUUUCCACCUGUGCAGGAUGCGGGAGUGCCGUCGUCACGGCGACUCGGACCUCACAGGUGUUUCUGUUUAGUUCUGUGUGACAAUCUGUGUUUUGGGCGUGUCCUUCCACCUUCCUGUCUGCACAGCCUCUCCCUCCCUCUCUCUCCCUCCAUCUCCCUCUCUCUUCCUCCAUCUCCCUGUCUUUCUCCUCUCACUUUAUUUUGCCACUUUUCUGGUUUUCCCUCUCUCUUCCACUCUCCCCCUCCUCUUCUCUCUCUCCUCCUCUCACGGUCUCCUCCCCCUUCUCUCUCCCUCUCUUUCUCCUCCUCUCCCCCUCUCCUCCUCUCUUUCUCCUCCUCUCCUCCCUCUCUCCCCCUCUCUCUCUCUGACGGUGGGAUGCUCCAGUCCUCCUCCCUCUCUCCUCCCUCUCUCCCCCUCUCUCUCGGACGGUGGGAUGCUCCAGUCCUCUGCUCCAUCAGGUCACUGCCGGUCCCAGCCGCCAUCGCCGGAAGUUUCCGCCAAAUCUCGCUUGGGCCAGCCUCUCCUCCACUGGACCCCAGUUCACGGGAGUGCCACUCAUCCUUUGAAACGGGGUCACACACAAAACCCCUCCCCCACCCCCCAGAACUGCCCCCCCCCUUCUGUGUUGUAGCUCUUCAUGAAUGUGUAAAGUUGACCCCACCUGUAACUGUUGAAAGAUGAAUAACACCCAGACUGAGUGCGUUUUUACGUUCACAAGUUUUGUUUUUUCGCCGCUAAGUGAGGAUGGGUUUCCCGCUGAGCCGCCAUUUUAGUGUGCGGACGGGGGGAGGGGGGAGAACGCGUCAAGAAAUUGCCGGAAAAUGGCGACGGAAGCUAAAGGGAACCAAAGUGCCAAAACGGGAGGCGAUCCUGGACCAAGCAGCAACCCCUUUAGACAUCACAGACUACGUUAUUAAAGUCGUCCAACACUGUGCUUUUAUAAUCGCAAUGUUCAUUUCAGCUGCCGCUGCACAUGCAGGUCGCCGUCACGUAGGCUAUAAAUAGUAUCCCUGUGAAGGCCGGCGACCUCAUUGUUACGCGCUUAGUAUUUCGUAACAAUGACCGAUGACUGUUACCACAUGAGUGAAUGGUGCGUAUCAGUGUGAUGCUGGUGUAGCCGGUUCUUCAGAAGGGUUCCUCUGACCUCACACGUACCAUGUGUCUCUGCACGGUUCUGUUUUCUGUAAAAAAAAAUUUAAAAAAACACCGUGCUUCUAGACGGAAAAACCCUGGAACACCGGUCUCACUGUGACCAGUGUUGUGACAUCAGCAUUAGAAUGUUCAGUUCGGAUCAUUCUAAUCACGUUUGUGAUCUUACAGCUUAAAGGGUUACAUGGAGCAUGAUCUCGGAGGUAAUUUGUAAGGUUACUUGUGAAAUGGGGGGGGGGGGGGGUGUGUGGCUUGUUUUAGCUCAUUAUUAUGGUAGAGUGGUCUGUUGACUACUUUUGGCUUGAAUUUUGAAAUUUCAAUUUUGUCCAGUGGUCACGAUCACAGAGAAGAUGGCAUUGUUUCUGUACGGGCGUAGAAUGCUCUGAAUGACCUCGUGUAGACAUGUAUUUCCAGAAGAACAUGUAAAAUGUAGGUGGUUCUCUAUAUUUCCCACAAUUUUAAUGUAUAUCACCUGCAGACCUCGAAACGGCAUUGUGGGUAGAACUGUAGGGCGCUAUAAAAUUGUUACGCAUUAGCAUACCUGGUUGAUCGGCAGGGGGGCCUUGGAUACCUAGUGAACAUUUCAAAUAAAACAUUCAGUGUUGGUUUUAUCGAUCUCUGGUGAACAGUUUGUGCUGUUCAAAGGUCACCUGAAGUCACAACUGAUAACGCUUGGAGGGGCUGGGUUAUAUUUAUAUAUGACAUAGGCAAGCAGUGGAACUAUUAAAUAAUAGAAACUGUGUGUGUGUGUGUGCGUGCGCGCGCGUUUGCACGUGUGUGUGUGUGUGUGUUUGUACGCCGUCACUGAGGAAGUGGUGUGUGUGUGUGUGCGGCAUGACAUGGAGGAAGUGUGUGUAUAUAAGGGAAGCAUACAGUAGAGCAGCACAAAGCCAGAGUUCACAGCCACUCUUCCUACGCCUGACUUGACCAGGACAGCCAUGGCUCUGACGCACACCUGUACAGGCUCCCAGUCUCCUUCCAGACUUCUAGUCCUGGUUCUUGUAGUCUUCCUCUGUUACCUGCCGACUGGGGCUUUUCCAGAGGACCAACCUCCAAGAAUUAUUCCGAAAAAGUUUGUCUGGAGAGGGGAUGGAGGGGUCAUUUCCUGCCAGGCCGACCCAGGGUUUCCUGAUGACUUCACGCUCAUCUAUUGGCUGGUCAACAGGGCCUUCAUCGAGAAGGCCUUCCCGGAGGGGCGUGUCCAAGAAUCAGAAGAGAAAGCCGUGGAGGUGAAUGGUCAGGCUCUCAUCCAGAGGGACCUGAUAUUCCAGGAGGUCUCCGCAGAGGAUUACCGAUCCAACUACACCUGCGUGGUGAACAGCCCCACGGGGAUCGACCGGUUCACCUUCCGAAUUCCCAGAGGGAACGCUGAGGAACACAGAAAUGAGAGGUCGGCGGGGAAAGGGACCGGGAGAAGGAGACCGAGGAAGAUAACAUCCCUGCAGAUUGCGAUGGGCGUCGGGCGAAACAGCGCGGGACCCGCCGGUCUCCUCUUCCUCUUCUCCACCCUCCUCUUCACUCGUAUGUCGGAGGGCCAGGUGCAAGGGUCCCGUGUACGCCAGGAGGACUCCCCUCCCCGGAUUGUGGAGCACCCCUCCGACCUGAUCGUGUCCAAGGGGGAGCCGGCCACCCUCAACUGCAAGGCGGAGGGGCGCCCCACCCCCACCGUGGAGUGGUACAAGGACGGGGAGCGGGUGGAGACGGACCGGGACAACCCCCGCUCCCACCGCAUGCUCCUCCCCAGCGGCUCCCUCUUCUUCCUGCGCAUCGUCCACGGGAGGCGGAGCAAGCCGGAUGACGGGAACUACGUCUGCAUCGCCCGCAACUACCUGGGGGAGGCGGUCAGCCACAACGCCUCGCUGGAAGUAGCACUGCUUCGUGAUGACUUCAGGCAGAACCCCUCGGACGUGGUGGUGGCGGCGGGGGAACCCGCCACCCUGGAGUGCCAGCCCCCCCGCGGGCACCCCGAACCCACCACCUACUGGAAGAAGGACAAGGUGCGCGUCAGCGACCGGGACGAGAGGGUCACGAUCCGGGGAGGGAAGCUGGCGAUAUCCGGCACCAGGAAGAGCGACGCUGGGAUGUACGUGUGCGUGGCCACCAACAUGGUGGGGGAGCGGGACAGCGAGGCGGCGCAGCUGUCCGUGUUCGAACGGCCCACGUUCCUACGGCGACCGGUCAGCCAGGUGGUCCUGGAGGAGGAGGGGGUGGAGCUUCGCUGUCAGUCAGAGGGAGACCCCCCGCCCACCGUGCGCUGGAGGAAGGACGACGCGGACGUGUCCCGCGGGAGGUACGAGGUCCGGUACGAUAAGGAGGAGAGCCUGCUGCGCAUCCGGAAGGCCUUGGCGGGGGACCAGGGCACCUUCACCUGCGUGGCGGAGAACCGCAUGGGCAAGGCCGAGGCCUCCGCCACGCUCACCGUCAGGGCGGCGCCCCAGUUCGUGGUGCGGCCCCGGGACCAGAUCGUGGCGCAGGGGCGCACGGCCACCUUCCCCUGCGAGACCAAGGGGAACCCCCAGCCCGCCGUCUUCUGGCAGAGAGAGGGGAGCCAGGACCUGCUGUUCCCCAGCCCCCCCCAGCAGUCCAGCAGCCGGCUGUGGGUGUCGCCGGGCGGGAACCUGACCGUGUCGGAGGUGCAGCGGGCCGACGCCGGCGUGUAUAUCUGCCAGGCCCUGACGGUGGCCGGCAGCAUCCAGGCCCGCGCCCAGCUGGAGGUCACCGACGCCCUGACGCACCGGCCCCCGCCCAUCAUUCGGCAGGGCCCGGCCAAUCAGACGGCGGGGGUGGAGGGCGUGGCGGUGCUGAAGUGCCAGGCGUCGGGGGAGCCCCCGCCCACCAUCACCUGGCUGAAGGACGGGGUGAGCCUGCUGGGCACGGACCCCCGGCUCACCCUGCUGGAGCCGGGCAGCCUGCAGAUCCACGGGACCCGGCUCUCUGACUCUGGGAUGUACACCUGUGUGGCAUCCAGCUCCAGUGGGGAGACGUCGUGGAACGCCUACCUGGAAGUGCGAGAAACGGCCGAGGUGACGGACUCCACUGCCCAGGACUCUGAGAACCUCCCCGGGCCCCCCUCGGACCUGCAGGUCACCGACGUCACCAAGAGCAGCAUCUCGUUGUCCUGGCAACCAGGGCCCGAGGGAGGCUCGCCCGUGUCCGCCUACGUCAUCGAGGCGUUCAGUCAGCUGGUGAGUAACAGCUGGCAGACGGUGGCGGACCGCGUGAAGGACACGCGCUACACCGUCACGGGGCUCCGCCCGAACACCAUCUACCUGUUCAUCGUGCGCGCCGUCAACGCCCAGGGGCUCGGAGACCCCAGCGCCAUGUCCGAGCCCGUCCGCACGCAAGACAUCAGCCCCCCCGCUCCAGGUGUGGACCACCGCCACGUGCAGAAGGAGCUGAGUGAGGUCAUCGUUCGCCUGCACAACCCCGUGGUCCUCAGCCCCACCAGCAUUCAGGUCACAUGGACGGUGGAUCACCAGUCCCAGUUCAUCCAGGGGUACAGGGUGCUGUACCGGCAGACUUCGGGGCUGCCCUCCCCGGGGGCGUGGCAGUCCGAGGACCUGAGGGUCCCGUCGGAGCGCAGCCUGGUGCUGUCGGGCCUCAAGAAGGGCGUGGUCUACGAGAUCAAGGCCCGCCCCUAUUUCAACGAAUUCCAGGGAGUGGACAGCGAGUCCCUGACUGCACGCACCACAGAGGACGCUCCGAGCGCCCCCCCGCAGCAGAUCACCGUCCUGACCGUGGGGAGCCACAACAGCACCUCCAUCAGCGUGUCCUGGGACCCCCCUCCCCCCGACCACCAGAACGGCAUCAUACAGGAGUACAAGAUCUGGUGCCUGGCGAACGAGACCCGUUUCCACGUGAACACGACGGUUGACGCGGCGAUCCGCUCGGUGGUGGUGGGGGGGCUGCAGGCGGGGGUGCAGUACCGGGUGGAGGUGGCGGCCAGCACCAGCGCCGGGGUGGGGGUGAAGAGCGAAGCCCUGCCCAUCAUCAUCGGUAAAGAGGUGAGGGACGGGAUGGCAGACGCGGAGGGGGCCAGCAGCCUAUCAGACGUGCUGCGGCAGCCGGCCUUCAUCGCCGGGCUGGGCGGGGCCUGCUGGAUCAUCCUCAUGGGCUUCAGCGCCUGGCUGUACUGGAGGAGGAAGAAACGCAAGGGCCUGAGCAACUACGCAGUCCAAUCCUUCACCUUUACCCGUGCAGUGACGUUUCAACGUGGCGACAGAACGCUGCUAGGCAACGGAAGGCCGGGGCUGCUGAAAGCAGGGGACCCCAGGUUACCCUGGCUGGGCGACUCCUGGCCCUCCACCAGCCUGCCCGUCAGCAGCAGCGCCCGGGGCAACAAGAGCGUGGCCAACUUCGGCCGCGGGGACGUGCUGCCCGUGGGGGGCCACAGGGAGAAGACGGGCACCAUGCUGUCGGACGGCGCCAUCUACAGCAGCAUCGACUUCAGCGGGAAGGCGGCGUACCGCAUCCCGGGCGGGGCGGGGCAGGUGGCCACGCCCUACGCCACCACGCAGAUCCUGCAGUCCGCCAGCUUCCAGGAGCUGGGCGUGGCCCCGCCCGACCCCCGCUGGAAGGCCUCGCUGCAGCCCCCGCAGCAGGACAGGGGCACCCUGGGAUACACGCUGAGCGACGCACCCUGCAGCAACACACUGCUUUUCACUUCUGACUACCGAUUGGCCGAGGGCUUUUCUGGUAGAAUCCCACACAACCAGUCACAGGACUUCAGCUCCUGCGGCUCCUUCAGCAGCUCAGACCGAACCCUCUCAGACGGGAAGGGGAAGAAGAAGAAGAUGAAGAGCAAGGGUCCGAGGAACGGGGGAUCGUGCUGGGCCAGCGUCCCCCUGCCCCCGCCCCCCAUGCACCCCCUCCCAGGCACCGAGCUGGACCACUGCGCCCCACAACACCACGAUGGGGGAGGCUAUCAGACAGACAGCUGGGGUGCCUCCAUGCCUCUGCAGACCUACCUGCACCAGGGCCUGGGGGACGAGCUUGAGGAGGAAGACGAGGAGGAGGGGCACGUGCCGGCUCCACCCCUCAGGGGCGUGGCCCUGUCCGCAGCGUCACUAAGCCCCUCCCCCCACGAGGAGACACAGUCCAUGCUGCAGGCGCGAUUGGAUGAGCUCACCCGCGCCUAUCAGCUGGACGUGGCCAAUCAGACCUGGCACAUGCAGGCCACCCCACACUCUGUCAGGACCCCGGGGGGGUACGCUCCCGCAACUCUGCUGUCGGAGCUGGAGACCAGCAUGAGGAACGGGGAGGAAGAAGAGGGAAGGGACGAGCAGGAGGCAGAGGAGGAUGAUGAUGAAGGUUAUGAGAUACUGAGCCAUCUUCGUAAUAUGCAGCACGGGCCAGCGACUGGCUUGGACAGCCAGGAGGUCCCUGCAGCAGGUAAAGGCAUCUCACAGCGGCCCCGGCCUGGCAGCACGGGCACGGCGGGCAUGCACAGUUUGGGUCACCAGAGGGUAGCGCACCCGUCCCUCCACAUGGGGGCGCAGCUGGACCUGGGGGGCACAGAGCCUCGGCAACGAAACGGUCACGCUGAUGGCCUUCCUUCCCCUCCUGCCCCCCCACCCUGGGAUGUGGAGCCCCAGGACACCCUGGAUAAGUGGGGGCAGAGGCCCAGCCAGGGGGAGUAUGGGGGCUCCCUGCCGAGGGGGGGGCAGUUCUCCCAGCAGGGUCCCGCGGUCCGCUGGCCCCCCCACCGAACCGGCGCUGACCAGUACUGCGGGGAGCUAUAGUGAUGAUCAGAUGACUCACCACUACUAGCCCUGGUGUGACAGACGACUCACCGAUUUGUGCAAUGAACUUUGACCUUAUUCGUGUACCACGGGAAGAACAGAACAAGAAGAAAUAUGUCGACCAGUGUGAGGAAAAAGAAUGAAAGAUGACCCAAUUUACACAAUUUAAAAACACUUGUUUUUUCCCCCUGUCCUCACAAGGAAAAUAUCUCACACAUUUCUCCUAAAUCACAUGCUUUGUGAGGACCCAGGCAGAAAUGAAACUGAAGGAAGCAAAAGGGAACAAAUUGUAAAGUUAUGCUCAUUUGAAACAAUGAAUUUCUCUAAAUAUGUAAAUAUUUUUCCUUUUUUUGCUUUACUUUGCAAGCUUUUUUAUGGUCAUUUGUACUUUGUGAAUUAUUGAAAGUUUGUGAUUCCACAAAUACAUUCCGUUUGACAUGUUUUUAUUUACUGUACUAUUAUUAUUAUUAUUAUUAUUACUAUUAUUCAAGGAAUUGUAAGUAAUGGUUAUUGUUCAUUUUGCACAGGGAUUUGUUUGGUUAUAAGCACAAAAACAGCUCUUGCUGACACGGGGAACCAGAAUGGGUUUGGGUUGGUUACUGGGAGUGUCUCUCCGUAUGCACUAUGAUCUAAAUUCUGAGAUACGGCCCAAAUGCAGCGAGAGGCGUUUAGGAAAACAAAGAAAGAAAGAAAGACACUUCCACACCUGAGAAAGAAGAUGAAACGAUGAAAUACUUUACCAGCUGACACAGGGUUUCAGCAGUAAAACUGGAUCCUCAGCUUGGCUAUUUGUGUUCAAUGGCAGUAUUGGGGCUCUAUAGCAGUAUUGGGGGUUCUGUGGAAUCACCACGGUUUCUAAGGGGCCGGGUGGGGAGGGCGGGGGAGGGGGGGGGGGGUGGGGGGUUCAGCAUUAAUCCAUGAAUCAUUUUUUUAUUAAAUGUUUUGUUACAAAAUGCACACAGCACAACACUGUUUUAUUAAAAUGACGGCAGAGAAAAAACAGGUGACAGUAGUGAAAGCCCCCUUCCCUUGUCCGUAGUGCCGCACUCCGCAAUCCCAAAGCUGAGGCCGUCACCAUGGAGACCAGAGCCCAGCCUGGAGCGGAGCCUAAUCCGUUUCGGGAUUUCGCACCAAACCUCUGCUCAUAAUUAUUCAAUGAGCCCAAUCAUGUGAUCUUUGUAAUCCUGUGACUGCUGAAAAAAAAGCCCUUUCUGUCACAAAUAUGCAAGUCCACCACCGCAGUCUUCUCAAUCACUUGACUGGUGCUAUGUAAUUAAUCGGUUAAUUGAGCCAGGGGUAAUUGGUGGAAACAGAAGCCUAGCAAAUACACCAGAUCCUACAGAAAAAGCGCAGCCCGCCCCAGGUGUGGAGUGAGGGACGAAGUCUGUGUUGCAGUGUUCUAGAACACAGAUGUCAUACAGCCAAUCGGUGCUCACUUCAGAUCUGUGUGAUCUGUGUGAUGGAGGAAAGGGUGGAACAUGGUUUCAGAGAUUUAGAACAGUGCUGGGGGCUCUUUUCAGGAUUCGCUGAAGUUCCUGGUUCCAGAAUGUUCUCAUUUCUGUUUCUAUGAUGGAAAAGCACUAAUAGCAAUUCCUGUUCCCCUCCAGGGGUAAUAAAAUAGGGAAUGGAUUUGAUGCCAUCACUCUUUUUUGCAUAGAAGGAGCUCUGCCAAUCACAGAGCACGUUGGAAUCUGUUCUAGUCAAUUCUAUUCGGCUGCCCAUGUGACUCGGCCUCAGUGCAUGAUGGGAAGGGGGCUUUCCUUUCUGAGACUCUGGGGGUCAACUGCACUGAAGUUAGAUGGAGUUUAAACCUCAGGGUUAAACUGCUGGCCCCCAGAACUGCAUUUCAACUCGAUUAGCUAUUCUUCAUUCCACAACUUAGCAUAGCUACUCCAGUUGUGAUGUAUUUCUGUGGUCUAGAAGUUUAAACCUGAGGCUAAGUAGACUGCAGUUGGCCCUGGCAGUUUGCGCAAAUUUUCACACAAUAUCUUUGUAAGAUUUUCUUCUUUUUUUGUGUUUUUAUUUUUUUUAUUUUUUUUUAAAACAAUGUUUUUAUUUAUUUAUUUAUUUCCGGUCACCUGUAAAGAAUCUCAAUAAAAAUCUGACAUGUUCGGCCUCAGGAAAAACAGGCAUUUAGGAGUAUGAACGUUUUCAAACAAAAAAUAAAUACAUAAAGCUAUGAUGCAAAUAAAGAUGUGUAUGUGAAAUCCAA